AUGGAUGUCAAUGGGUCAAUAUUCCCUCUUGCUUUCACCGUUGCCGCUAACAAGAGCAACGAGACACGGGGGAUGUUUUUGACACAUUUGAGGCGAUAUGUUAUUAAGGAUCAUAUGGGCAUAUGCGUGCUAUCUGAUCGACAUCAAGCCAUAUUACACAAUAUGUUUAAUUUGACGGGGUGGCAGCCUCCCUUUGCUUACCAUCGCUUUUGUUUAAGGCACAUAAAGGCAAAUUUCCAAACAAAAUUUGGAAACAACACACUAAACAAAUUGAUAUGGAUGGCUACAAUGGAGCAUCAACAAAAAAAGUUUCUUAUACGGAUGGAGAUGAUCAAGACAGUGAAUCCAAUAGCAUAUAAUUGGUUGAAGGAUAUCGACGUUGAGAAAUGGACAUUACAUGCGGAUGGAGGCAGGAGAUGGGGGAUGCUAACAACAAAUAGCUCGGAGUCAUUCAAUGGUUUGCUAAAAUCUGCUCGGGGACUACCCGUUACUGCAAUGGUGAGAAUGACUUUCAAGCAAGUUGUGGAGCGGUUUGCCACUAGAACAAGACAUGCCAAAGCCAUAUUAGCAGAUGGUGGGAAAUUGAUGCCAAAACUUGCACAGAUGUUCGAGCAUCAUGGGAAAAAAUGUGAGCUACAUAAGAUGGUAGAGUAUAACUAUGUUGAACGUGUGUAUAAAUUCUGGACAGGUUAUUAUCAAGGUCGGAGAGGAAACCUUCAUACCGUUUAUGAGAGAAUGAGAACGUGUAGUUGUGGUAAGUGGCAAUCAUACCACAUGCCGUGUUCUCAUGCCAUCAAGUGUUUCGAGGCAAUGCGAAAAAUGGUAUCCACUUAUGUGGCAUCCGAAUACAAUGUCGAAAGUUAUCUUAAAGCAUAUGCCGGAAGUUUCUACCCACUUUGUGAUCAAUCUUAUUGGCCAAACGAGCCAUUUUCAAUGAUUGCUAACAAGGAGUAUAUCCGUAAAAUUCAUGUUAACGCACGAACUCGGAUUCCCGAUCAAAUGGAUGUUCCGGAUAAGACAUACUCCCGAAGGUGCUCGACGUGUAAGGAGUUUGGCCAUGAUAAGCAUUUGUGUAACCUACAGGGCCGUGGUGGUGCAAGUAACUCUCGCAGUGGAAGAACCUCUCAUAGUGGAAGAGCCUCUCGUGGUUGA